UGCGCCAAAUUUACAAGGUGGUUUGGGUUUACGAAGAGUCUGAGCUCUGAGCCACUGUAGCUAGCGCCGCGUUUUCCUCGUGGUUAACACAAUUGGGCGCGCCUUUGCUGGACGGACAGCUCGAGCUAAACUCCCGACAUCCGAUGUUAGAACACUGGACGGUGCUACAGCCAGGCAUGCUUUGAUCUCUGAGGCAUUGACUUCUUUGACCGGCCGUUGCUGCCCACAGAGCGAGUCUACCUAGAGCUUAUGUAUGAGAUUGGGCCCCCAUCCAAGGGACUAGACCGAGGCCGAUGACAUCGACCGCCCCGUUGCGUGUUUAACCCAACGAACGAUUCCCUUCCACUAAUUCUCCAAACACGAACCCGAACCCCGGACUCUGCCGCAGACCCAAGUUCCCGGUCCGUCGCACCAUUUUCUCGGCAUCAUCAUCCAAACCCAACUGCCUCUGCCCUCAGAGGGCCCCCAACCCUGCUAGCAGACAGACUUGAGCAGUGGUUUGGCAAAUAUCGACAAACGCCGAGUGCUGAGCACAGUCAGUUUCGGUCCUGGGCCGUGUGGCCGCAAUCUUCAUUCCGUUCAAUCCCAGGCGGAAUUGCUCAGCCGGAAGACCACUCCCGAGCCCUCAAGCUUCCCCGUUGCGCGGUCGCAUCCGUCAUUCAUGGCGCUCUCGACGUCGACGACAAGAUGAACUCCCUCAACAUCAUCUCCGCCCGAGUGUCUCCUCCACCGAGCCCAGCACCGUCGAGGUCGAACUCGCUCAGCGCUCUGGGGCUCUCAGUCAGCUCCGAACCCGACGGACACGGACCGCGCCAGAACCAGACAGGGAGCGUGCUGGGCGACGACGCCGAGAAGGACGGUUUGACAGCUGAGCCCGAGGAUUUCCUGCUAGAACCAUCCCCCGCACACGACCGAGGCCACGAGCAUGCGACCGACGAGACGACGCCCCGGUUAGGCCAACCCGAGGCCAAGGUCCUCAGUCCGCGGGGCUCGCCUUGGGCCAUCUAUCCGAAGCGGAUCGCCAACGCCUUUGUCGACUCGAUACGCUGGUUGCUCUCCACACUAGCGGCGCCGGGUGUCUACUUGUACGCAUGCUUCUGUGACCAGGACGGCAACUUUGCGCCGUUACUGCAACUGAGGAGGUUGUGGGGCUUCUACGGGGGGAACCCGAAACGGAUGGCUCUGGAUUAUCACGAAGGCAUAGCUGCGUCUGAGAAGCGCCGACAGCGUGCGGACGGAUCUGCCAGCAGAGGUGACCGAGGCGCCGGUAGAACCAUGCGCGUGGCCGGCUCGAGCGGUUCUUCGUCGUCCGGGCUCUCGUCGGAAUCGGAGUCAGACCCGGACCGUAAAAGGCAGGGCAGCCGUCGAGGCGCGAGUGGAAAGCACUUGCGCUCGAAGUCGCUCCCGGACUCCGACGAGGUCGCGCCGGCGCAACGAUCUAUCCGCAUCAAGCUGCACUCGGACGAGUCGUCGCGGCAGCGGAAGCACAGGAAAGCGCAGUCGGCCAGUGCGCGAGAGAACGGGCGUUCCGGCGACGCCGUGGGCGACAUCUCGGCGCAGCUGAAAUCCCCGACCUCUCCCUCCGGCGCGCUCACCAAGUACCCCAAGACGCCCGCGCCACCGCGGCCGCUAAUACCGCGGCGGCAGCCGUCGUACAUCAACAUGAACGUCGAGGCGCCGGAUGUCCGACACCAGAAGACGCUGAUCCUGGACCUCGACGAGACGCUAAUCCACAGCAUGUCCAAGGGCGGGCGCAUGAGCACGGGGCACAUGGUGGAGGUGCGGCUCAACACGACGUACACGAGCGUGGGCGGGCAGGCGGCGAUCGGCCCCCAGCACCCGAUCCUGUACUACGUGCACAAGCGGCCGCACUGCGACGAGUUCCUGCGGCGCGUCAGCAAGUGGUACAACCUGGUCGUCUUCACCGCCUCGGUGCAGGAGUACGCCGACCCGGUCAUCGACUGGCUCGAGGCCGAGCGCAAGUACUUCUCGGCCCGCUACUACCGCCAGCACUGCACCUUCCGCCACGGCGCCUUCAUCAAGGACCUCAGCUCCGUCGAGCCCGACCUGAGCAGGGUCAUGAUCCUGGACAACAGCCCGCUGAGCUACAUGUUCCACCAAGACAAUGCCAUCCCGAUACAGGGCUGGAUCAGCGAUCCGACAGACAGCGACCUGAUGUACUUGAUACCCCUGCUAGAAGGCUUGCAGUACGUGUCGGACGUGCGCGCGCUGCUGGCGCUGCGCGGCGGCGAGGACGGGCAGCACAUGGCGUGACCCCCUGUCGGGGGGUAGGGAAUAUGAAAAGAGGGAGAAAGAAGGAACGGAGUGAGGGAGGGGUUCAUCAGCAUUGGCAUCAUAGUUUUUCUCUAUUGGCGGGGAGCAGGGCAUUAUUGUGGUUUUUGUGUUGUUUUGCUGGCUUGCUUGGUUUUUUUUCUUGUCUGUCUGCUCAGCUUGCCGUUUGCCUCUUUUUUCCGUUUUGUUUUGGA